CGUCUUCAGGAGGAAAUCACCAAGCUCUCCCCAACGCUGCAGAGAAACGCGCUCUACAUCAAAUCCUCUAAAAUCAGUCGCCUGCCAGCGUACCUGACCAUCCAGAUGGUUCGUUUUUUUUACAAAGAGAAAGAAUCUGUGAAUGCCAAAGUCCUCAAGGAUGUUAAAUUCCCUCUCAUGCUGGAUGUCUACGAGCUCUGUACGCCAGACCUUCAGGAAAAGAUGGUGUCUUACCGAUCAAAAUUCAAAGAUCUAGAAGACAAAAAAGUCAAUCAGCAGCCAAAGAAUUCUAGUAAAAGCGAUGGUGCGCAGAAAGAAGUUAAAUAUGAGCCGUUUUCUUUUCCUGACGAUACUGGUUCCAAUAACUGCGGCUAUUACGACCUGCAGGCAGUGCUAACACAUCAGGGCAGAUCCAGCUCCUCGGGGCAUUACGUCUCUUGGGUGAAAAGGAAACAAGAUGAAUGGAUUAAGUUUGAUGACGACAAAGUCAGCAUCGUCACACCCGAAGAUAUUUUGAGGCUAUCCGGGGGUGGAGACUGGCAUAUAGCUUACGUUCUACUCUACGGGCCGCGCAGAAUCGAAGUCAUUGAAGACGAAGCUGAGCCGUAGUCUUCCGUGUUAGCUGUUCUGCCUAGGUGUGAAAUAAAUGUUGAUUACUGAUCACUUCCUUAACCCCAGCGCUUCAGCCAGGGGAGAGCUGAUUCGUUCAAACCCUUUUCAGUGGGAAGAGGGGUAUCACUUCAAAAAAAAACUGAUCCA